CGGCCGGACUCGAACUGUAACUAGUACGAGGAACCAUUAACAUAUACAUAAAGUGUUAUUCUAUUGAAAACUAAUUACCGUUCUUUAGUGAAAAUGAGCUAUCCACCACACGGACCACCACCUCCCCCUUACUACGGACACCCAGGAUGGAAUCCACCACCACCGCCGUAUCCUCCUCGUCACACUUAUCCGCCUACAGAUUAUGGCCAAGUUACACCGCAGCAUCCCCCGCCAAUGCCUUACUACGUUCCUGGAACAAUGAUGGUGCCCGUGCCCGUAAUGCCACCACCAGACACGAAUCAACCAACAUACAUCACCAACUAUAUCUACCACGGAGAAACAUCCAGCACGCCGUCUGAACAAGUACAAAUAUCUGAAACGGCUGGCGAUUACGAUUGGGUUCCAACGACUUCGACGACAGCGAGCAGUCUUACUGGGAAAGCAGUGAUAGGAGGUCAAGAGGGUUGGGAUGGCAGUCCUCUGUGGGUAAUUCGGGCUUGGCACAAUGGGGAAUUGAUUCCUGGAAAAUUAUCCGUGAGACACAAUGCAGCGUCUGUCAUGUUCAACGGUAAAGAGAUUCCAGUUCAGAAUAUAGAAGUUCUAUGCGCUAAGCCUGAUUACCUUAGAUGGGUGCCGGCCUCUAAUGGAUCUGUACCUCCUGGAGCGAUCGCUGGUGGAAGAACGACGUCUGGAGAAACUCUAUACGUCGGAAGAGCGAGACACCAACUAUCAUUAACGCCUGGCAAAGUUCAUCCGACUCAUAAUACUUGUUACAUAGGAUUUGGGGGGGCGGAAAUUGCUUAUAAAAUGUACGACGUGCUCUGCAGGAUAAGUUAGAUUGGAUAAAGACUGAUAGUGUUACAUUUUGUGAACGUUUAAUGAGCAAAUUUAUUAUGUAGUGGAAUAUCCAUUACAAUUCCUGAAAUGGGAGUAAAGUAUAUUUUAAUAUAGUAUAUUCAAUAAAACUAUACAAUUUCUCAACACUGAUAUUUUAGAACUUUUAUUGAAUAAAAUAUUUACAUUAAGUAUUGUGAAAUCAUACUGUGUUUGAUUAUAUCCCUUAUCGUUAACAGAUAUAUUAUCAGGACGUGAUAAAUAACGAUAGCGAAUAUACAUUUUUCUUUGUGAGAAUUAUUGCACGUAAUCCUUACUUAACUAGCUACCCGGCCCGGCUUCCCAUGGGUAGAACAAGGGUAAUAAAGCAUUCACAUUGAAAGAAAACGUAUACACACUUAAAUAAUUGUCAUAUAUCAUAUAGUAGUAUAGUUACGUCUCGCAGUGUGAGUAAUUAUAAAAUAAUAAGUAAAUAAAAAUAAUAC